GUAUUACAUCACGCAGGGUGCACAAAGCCGCAAAGAAGAAAUCGCUUUUUCCUUUGCUUAACUUCUUCAUACUGGAAGCCAACCUGGAAGACAAAUUUCUUUCAUUUUCUCAGGGACCAUGUGUGACAGAACACUGCAGUUCUUCAGGAGCCGGGGGCUACUGACAGGAAGUGACGCAGCGCAAAUCAUGUGGUCGCAUGGGGUCAACAGCAGGAACGCGCUCGCGCAAGCUCUUACCGGUCCCUGUCAUAUGAUUGAAGCUGAUGUAACCAUUAGAGGUCAUGAUCCCAAAGAGCCAAUCAUGGCACAUCCCCCUCACACAGAUAGUGACAUCACACUGAAAGAGUGGCUUGAGGAAGUGACGACCAACAACAAAGGAAUAAAGCUAGAUUUUAAGAGACUAGAGGCAGUGUCUCCUUCCCUGGCUUUAUUGGAGCACAUGCUGCCUGAGCCAAACCGUCCAGUGUGGAUCAAUGCAGACAUCCUCAGUGGACCUGGUGGGCAGGUCAGACCUGUGGACUCUGAGGUCUUCCUCUCUGUUGUGACAGCUCUUCAUCCUCAGACGAUGCUGUCUCUUGGUUGGACGACCGGCUGGUCUGCUGGAACAAAUAACCCAGCUUCGACCAUCCGCCUGUCCAACGACCAACGACGCACCAGCGUCUGGGAGGUCCAGAGCGGUCACCGCUGCGCAAUGUUAACAGCCAGCCGGUUGGGAUUUAUACCAGUCACCGGAGCAAGACUGUAUAUUGAGCAGAGAGUUUCCUGCUGCUGCCACUGCCGCCGCUUGUCCCGCUUCAGUUUAAAUAAACUGUUUUUCACAAUCUACUGUUUGUCUGGUUUGAACACUGGGUCCAUCUGUUCCAUUCCUAACAAAUUUCUGUGAUCCUGGUGAGAAGGAGGACUGUGAUUCCCAGGUUCUGGCGCUGUGUCUGUCAGGAGAGGAGGUGAAGCGACAACAUUCACUUCAUUUACUCUUUUCGGCAAACGCUUCAUCCAGAUUUGACUCCUUAAAAGUACAUUUUCUUAUUUUUAGUUAGCUUUGCUGCAGUCACAGUAAACUUAAGGAAAAAAUAAAGGAAAGUAAACUCACCAAUUAAAUUUUAUUAAGGACAUAUGUAGGUUUUGCCACAAAAGACUAUUUCUAAUAUUAGUUUCUUCACAAUUUUGGUCAUAAUAAAGGGGGAAAAAAUCAAUUAAGUGUAAAAUAAUUGGGCUAAGACUUUUUUUUAAAUCAAAUCAAAAUCAGGUAGGGUAGGCAGCCGUACAACUGCAGGUACCACUGAAUUGUUUUCUUUAUUUGUCAUCCUCCUCUGUUUGAAGGCCAGGCAAGUUUGUUUUUGCAUCGCAGCGCCAAACUGUGUCCUUGCAACAGUGAAGAUUAUUUACCUUUGUCGUGGUCAGUAUUUAUGUAUCAGUUGUUUUUAUUAAUCAUCAUCAUUCUCAAUAAAUGACCUGGAUAACAAUGACAGAUGGGUGAUGACCAAUCUGUAUGAUUUGAUUGUAUUUCAAUUAAAUUUCAAUUGAAUUUUAUUUAUAUAGCGCCAGUUCAUGAAACAUGUCAUCUCA